CUCAAAAUGGAAGUUCCACCACCAGCAACCCUAAGGAAGCCUCUUAUGGUACCCAGCAAGACGUUGAUGGGACCAGGUCCAUCAAAUUGCUCGCAACGGGUCCUCGAUGCCCUUUCAAAUCCUUUGCUAGGACAUAUGCAUCCAGAAUGUCUUGAGAUAAUGGACGAAAUCAAAGAAGGCAUCAAAUACAUGUUCCAAACAAAAAAUCCGGCCACAUUUUGCAUCAGCGCAUCCGGUCAGGGUGGUAUGGAGGCUGCCCUUUGUAACUUACUGGAAGAUGGUGACGUGGCAGCCUUCGGAGUAACCGGCUUGUGGGGAUAUCGAGCAGCUGAGAUGGCAAAACGAUAUGGAGCAGAUGUUCGGAUCACAGAAGCCCGUUUCGGAAAAACCCUUACUCUAGACGACAUCAAGGAAUCGUUCGAAGUACAUAGACCAAAGGUCUUCUUCCUAGUUCAGGGUGAUUCCUCAACAGGAUUGCUUCAAGGAAAUAUCCGUGAAGUUGGUGAACUCUGCCGAAAGUACAAUUGUAUCUUUGUUGUCGACACAGUCGCAUCUCUUGGGGGUGUUGAAUUUCUCAUGGACGAGUGGAAAGUGGAUGUUGCCUUCACAGGAUCACAGAAGGUUUUGGGGGCUCCCCCAGGGAUAACACCAAUUUCCUUCAGUCCACGUGCAAUGCAUGUUAUAAAUAACCGGAAUUCACGGGUUAAAGUUUACUACUGGGAUGCAAUUCUACUAGCAGACUUAUGGAAAUGUUUCGGGCGCCCUCAGGUUUACCACCACACGGUUUCAGCUACCCUUUUGUAUGGCUUACGGGAAGCUCUGGCGUCUGCUUGUGAACAAGGAUUAAAAUCUCUAAUCCGAAGACAUACAGAAUGUGCGUUCCGUUUGCAGAAAGGCAUUAUCGACAUGGGCCUGGAAUUAUUUGUCGAUAAUCCAAGAGAUCGACUUCCCACGGUCACUACCAUUAAAAUUCCUAAAGGGGUUGACUGGCAACAAGUAUCACGCUAUGCAAUGAAAAAAUACUUUUUCGAAAUCAGUGGCGGACUUGGACCGUCUGUCGACCUUGUCUUCCGUAUUGGAUUGAUGGGCGAAAACGCAACUAUUGAAAAAGUCGAUUUAGCACUUAAGAUCCUUCGUGAGGCGAUUCUGAAUACAUCGAACAUAAAAUUGAAUGAAAGAUCGAAAAUUUAGAGUGAAUGAGGACUCAACUGUAAGAAGCUGAGGUUAAAGAUACAACUUCGAAUGUUGUUGGAAGAAUGCUUAAUUCAAGUCUGAUUUUAUAAUAAAUAUUUCUGUCUUUGAACUACUUAGUUAGUAAUAUUUUCUCAUGUACUGUUGCACUGAGUAUUCAUUGAAAUAUUUUUUUUCUUGAAAUAAUAAAUUAAUUGUCUUGUUGUAAAA